GUUUCCGAAACUGUAUCGCGCGAGAAACGACCAGUCGCCGAGACAGCCGUCCGAUCGAUCGGCUGCCCCGUCGAUCGCGGAGGGAAACAGGUGCCGCGAGUUGCGAAAGGUUACCAGAUUACGCCGAGACCGGCUCGGAAAAUUUCGAACGCGAAUCGGUUCUGCAUAACAGAAGGGAACGGAACGCAGUGAUUCGAAGAUUUCGUCGAAAUGAGGGACCACCCGUCGCGCCUUUUCUUCGCUACGAGGUAAGAGACGGCGAGGUCCGCGAGUAGCUCGCUAAACGUUGCCGCGAACGAUGAGCUACCGACGGAUCUUCUUCGAGCAGCUUCUUCGAGCACGGCACACCGUACACGAUAACUUUCUGCCGGGCCAACCGGCGAAAGAGGAACAACGACGUCCAUUUUGGAACGGUCGCUCAGGAAUGUCAGCAUGAGAGGAUCCUCGUUUUUGGGGACCAUAAGAUCCGUGCGUGGAACCUUCUUGAGGACGCUCGUUUUCGUCUUCCUGGCAACGUUCCUGUGGCUUCAGCUUCACGUGAUCAACCUGACCGGUCGGGACUCCGGCGGACAAUCCUCGUCGAACGAGACGUUGUUCGCUCUCGUGCCGCAAGAACUGCACAGGUUUCUGAAGGAACGUCGAAACGGUUCGUCGACGUUGGCGAACGCGAGCGCGGAAACGCUAACCGAGCUCGAGAUAGCGGAAAUUCGACGCAACAUAGAGAAAGCGAACGCCGAGCAAAGGGUGUACAAUGAGGAGUCGUUCGGUCCGUUGGCCAACGACGCUCCCGUGAUAGUGAUCCAGGUGCACACGCGACUCACCUACCUCAGACACCUGAUCGUCUCGUUGGCUCAAGCCAAGGGCAUCGAACAGACCCUCCUCGUCUUCAGUCACGACGUCUGGCACCCGGACAUCAACUAUCUCGUGCAGAGCGUCGACUUUUGCCGCGUCAUGCAAAUCUUUUAUCCUCACAGCAUACAAACUCAUCCUCGAAGCUUUCCCGGCGAGGAGCCGAACGACUGUCCGCGAAACAUACGCAAAGAACAGGCCUUGAGUCUCGGCUGCACCAACGCCAAACACCCGGACCUCUAUGGACACUACAGGGAGGCCAAGUUCACUCAGACCAAACACCACUGGUGGUGGAAGGCGAACCGAGUCUUCGAUCAACUGUCCAUCACCCGGAAUCACACCGGAAUGGUGCUUUUUCUCGAGGAGGAUCAUUACGUCGCCGAAGACUUUCUACACGUAUUGAGACUGAUGGAACGCACCUGUAGGCACAGCUGCGAGAGAUGCAACGUCCUAUCCUUGGGCACCUAUCUCAAGACUUACAAUUACUUUGCCGACUUUAGUCGAAAGUUCCUUGGCGUCAACAGCGCUCUGCAAAAGGAGUUCCUGCGUGGAUUAAAGAGGCGGGAAACUCGACGGCGGUCGACGAGAAACGAAGACAUCGGCGGUGUCAAGGCAUUCCCUAGCCAUGACAUCCCCACCGACGGGAGCAGCACCGGGAACGUCACCGCUGCCGGAAACGGCGCUCUUCUCUUAACCGUCGUCGAUCGGAACGCGCGCACGGCGCACUCUGCUCCCGCAUGGGCUUUCCAGCUCCUACCCGAUCUCUACAAUCAUUAUCAAAAGGCCGAGGUGAUCCCGUGGAUCUCGAGCAAACAUAAUAUGGGAAUGGCGUUCAAUCGCGUCACGUGGAAUAAACUGAGAAAGUGCGCGGCCCAGUUUUGCUCCUACGACGAUUACAAUUGGGACUGGAGCCUUCAACACGUCGCGCAGACUUGUCUACCACCGAGCAAAGGAGCCGGGAUCGCCCCCCGCACGGAGUCCGGUUUGGUCACGAUGAUGAUGAGAGCACCCAGAGUUUUUCACAUCGGCGAAUGCGGAGUCCAUCACAAGAAGACCAAUUGCGAAUCGACCACAGUCAUAGCAAAGGUUCAGAACGUUCUAAAGGCCGCCCGAGAUCAUCUGUUUCCUACGCAACUGACGCUUACCGUAGCCGGUACCGCGAAAAAGACAAAGCUCCGGAAGGGCAACGGUGGAUGGGGCGACGUCCGAGAUCAUCGGCUCUGUUGGAACAUCACCGUUUAUCCGGAUCUACUGCUACCCUGAGGCAGAAUCUCGAUCGAGAGAGGAAAUAUCGAUGGCGCUCUUUAUCGCGCACCGUACUUAUCUUUACUCGCCGUACAGUGUCUGGCGUACGGUUCUGAUUGCGCACCGAGAAACGCGCUUAUCCUAUUCUAGUCAUCCGUUGCAGCUAACAGCUUUGCGACGCGAAGCUCUUCGAAGCGAACCGAGGAUCGCUCGCGGCACCGCGCGAAGACGCGCCCGAUAAGCCGGGCGAUCCUAAACCCAUCCACCGAGCCAGUCUAGCGAAUUUUACGUAGCCUAUGCGCUACUCGUUUUAUAUUUGUAACCGACAUCAACGAAAAUAAACGAAUUGACCGAUUUUCUUUUA